UUGGGACUUUUUUUACAAGCUGGAAAGGUCCUCUCACGGUGCCUCAGUCGUAAUAGCCGAUCACGAGGAGGGGAGCCCUGUCGCAGAAGCAAUUUGAGCGGGAUUAGACUCGUUCAGCCCACGAAACUGGAAAGCAAUCAGUGAGGUCUCCUCACCCUGCGCACAGUUCCUUCCUGGCGCUGCCACAGAAAACGCAUUGCAUGGGUUUUGAUAAUCAUGCUCUCGGGGAAGCUAUUUGAAGCAUGAACUCUAAUCCCGACAACCCACCUCGAAAUGGGAUCCAACCCUUGGAUGUGCACAAAUUGUCAAACUCUGACAAUGGCAGGGUGGUUAGGGGUGAGGGUUGUUAUGUAAUGACGAAACCCAUCUUCCGUGUGCGACAGGUGUGGCCAAAUCGAGGAUAGUCGCUGUGGACGCACACUUGGCAGCCGCCACUAACAGAGGCCCAGUGUGUUCAUUUUUUCCCGUUAAUCCUUGGCUAUGGUGAGAAGUCACAUGCGUUAGAAUGCUAAAAUUAGGGUAUUGUGGGACGAAGUAGAUGGGUAUUUCAAGCAGAUGAGGAUUUGAAUUAUAGACGUUCACGUUUAGAGAACCCAGCUUCGCAAUUCGGGGAGCGUCAUCCAUAUCGAUAAAUUGAUGGUGGCAACCCUGAGUCUGAUGACCUUCACCUUUGGUAUCAUCCGAGUCUUGAGAUGAAUAUGUUAUGGUUCCCUAAUGAAUGGCACAGUCAACCAUGAUGGUGCAUCCUGCAUGGAGGAUCCGAGCAUUGCGAGCACCCGCUCCGAGGACAUGAUCAUCAGGCUGAUUCUGGUUCUGUCUUUAGCUCAUAACAUUAAUGUGUCGCUUGCGGAUCUGCUCCCGCAUGGUGUUUCACAGAGCAGAAAUCUCCCCGUAUCCUGGUCGCAAUGGUUGUGGUUUGUUGCAGGUUGUGAGAUGCAGCUCCACACCGGCGGGUUGUAGAGUUAAUGGAAGGGAUUAGGUCAUCGAAUUUGUAGUUUCUGUCGCGCCUCCCUGGUUGUAUGUUCUUGUUGUACGAGGUUUUGGUUGUGAUGGUGAACUUGGGUACGUCAUUUAGUUUCAGUGAUUAGAUAUGCACUUGGACUGAGUCGAGGACUCUCGCUUUUUAGCCCUCUGAGCUGUUUUGUAGGAAUUUUGUUUUCACUUCUUGAUCGUUCGGAGGUUGCGGUGGAGGGAGGUCUUUGUGUCACACUAGACUGUUGCUUGUGAAAGAUCUAGUGUUGCUGUCGUGGGCUUGAGUUUGAGUACAGGAGCAAGAGCAAUUUAAAUCAGCGAUGGCCUCCUUGAAUUCAGUAAUAGAGCGCGACACAGAGUUGUGGAAUUCAGCGAUGGGUGAAUUGCACAAGGGCGUCAUAACACUCCAAGUAGGAGGAGAAAUGAGGACAUUUAGUUUGCCAAAGCCAAUUGACGACGAUGGCACCGAUAUCUCCCUCAAAGAUUGGGAGCUUGGUUCUCAGACAUCUAGGGAGAGGAUGCUUAAAGCAGCGUAUCCCCUGAAAUCCUUUAAGGGAAUCAGUGUGCGUACAAAAUUCACUCCAAUCGAGCCCUUGCUUGAUGAGGAUCAUUCAUCCCGCCACUCAUCAUCACCUGACAGGUUUGAUACUGCCCCUACAACUCCGAGGACGCCUAGGGCAUCGAGCUCGAGUGGAGCACACAGCAGGUCAGUUUCUCCAACGGGGUUAGGGCUAAAAUCAAUUAGGCAGCUUGACAGCCCAUGCAGAGGAGACUUGUCCCUGCCAGCAGGUGUUUUCUACGGGGAUGGCAGUUACCAUCUUCACAAAGUUGAUGUCUCCAGUGACAAUGCCUCGCCUUGUACGCCCGGAAUUGCAACCGAUAGGACGAACUCAAACGAAGAGAGCUCAGAUCAUAGUAGCAAUCUGCGUGCAAGAUCGGAAAGAUGUAAUGCGCUGCACGUUUCAUUCGACCACAAAAAUGAGGUUGAAAAGGGCCCGAGCACUCCUAGACCUCGCAAAAAGUCCCCGCUCAAAAGCAGAUCGACUCGAGCCACUUGGAAUGACCAAAUGGAAGAGCAACCUAAGUGGGAAAGUUCCACAAAGAUCCGUCCUCGGUCGACUUCGAUGCCGAGGACUCAUCACGUCCAGCCUACUCUGCAUGGUAUUAGAUCUCGAAGCACAACAAUUAGUAGCGCUGUCAAAUUACGGAACCCUCCUUUGCCCCUGCCAGAGAUUGAAACAAUGGGCCGGAGAAAUGUCAUGCUUUCACUCAAAAACAGAGGAUCGGAAUUGAGAAGCUCUUUAGAUUCACAAUCCAUCGGUGAGAGAACGAAGUUCUUCGACGCAUCGUCCAGUUUCACGCCAAGCUCUCCAGUAUCAAGUUCUUUUCAAUCCAGAAGGGAAGUCACAGCUUCAACGUCGAAGCUCGAGUCGCCAUCUUUUCUUCUUCGAAGCAAUGCCAGGCGGCAUCACGAUGAAACAGAGGAGGACGAGGAUGAGGGCGAGGACGCGAAGGUGGGGAUGCUAUGCGGCGGAGGAUUUGUCGACAGCAACAUAUCCGGCGACUUUGUUCGACUUCUCGGCAAGCUAUGCCGAGUGUCUGUGCCAGUGCAGAAACAACCAGCACCUAAAUCAUUGCCGCAACAAGCAGACCGCAAUUUCGAAAGAUCCAACACACUGCCAUCGUCAUGGGAGACACGGAACGCAACUAUACGCGAGAAUUUCGUCAUCCUUGGGCGGCACGCGAGCCUGAAACUGCUCUCGGAGCGUUGCUCGAAUGGGCCAUCCCCGCCCUACAAUGUACACAAGGUACCCCGCAAGAUUCGAGACCAUGCGCCUCACCAACACUUCUACAAGCCCAUCUCCAAAUCACUCGAUCAGAAGCUCAGGAGCUGAGAGCAACACACCGCCUUGUGCCCCAAGCCAUGGUUUGGACCGUGACCAACCUCGGAACGACUAUGCUCAACAUUUUGUGCUUGCAAUUCUUAGCUGCAGCACACUCGACCGCAGAUUGCUUUUAAGAUUUACUAAAGAUUCCAAGCUGGCAUUGUCGAAGAUAAUCCGAAGGCUGUGAGAAUCGGAAGCCUGGAGCCUAUUCGAAGCCAUUCUCGGCGUUGUUGUAAUUUGUUGCUUUGCCUGCAGCUGGGCAAGCUCCCAUGAGAUUUCUAGCACUGGGUUUGUAUUGCGCAUUCACCGAAUUUCUCGAUUCAAGAGGCGACCCAUUUUGCGAAAUCCGUCGAUGCCUCACCGACAGUGGAGUAAACAAAACAACUAGGCUCCCAGUUUUGAAGACAGCAGAUCCUUGCUUAAGUAGGGCCUCUCAUGAUUGGUAAGAUAUAUUUUUGGUGAUAUGUUGUGUAUUGCAGUGGUUAAUAUACAUUACAUAAUUUUGGUUUAAAAUCAUAUGUAUGUACAUGCACACACAUUAUAGUUAUAAAAUGUUGAGAGUUGUGUGUUUUUGUGAUAAUAGAUGAAAAUAGUAUAAUGUUUUA